AUGUUCAUUAUUUUGGUUUUUGUUGUUGUUGUUCACGUUCUAACUAACUUAUUUUGUGGAGAAAGUGAAGUUCAUUUGUGGAAAGAAGAUCUUGGAUAUGAUGGACCCAAAAACGAGUUGGAUAAUUUGGAAACUCGAAUUUAUUCACCGGUAUAUAUUUACCAUUUUUCAUAACUUAAGAAAAUAAAUACGAUUGUGCUUUUAGAGAGUUGAGACAAUUAGCAAAAAUAUUCAAACUAUGAUAAACGCCACUGAAAAAUGUGACUAUGCAACUGAAAUUGACAAAAAAAUCGCAGAAUCAGUUUUAAACGGAUUCCAAAAAUGUGUGAAACCAAUAUUUGAAUCAUUCGAAGAUAAUUAUGUACAAUUUUUCAAUAAUUGGGUUAAUUCUUCGAGAAAAUGUGAUUAUAUUGAUGAAUACAAAAAAUUGAACAUUCACGGUAUUUCGAAUAAUGAUGAAAUUAAAUGGCUUAUUUAUCCAAGAUGUGUGAGUUUUAGAAAUUAAUAAUGACAUCAGAUUGAAUGUAUUUGCAAUUUUAGCAAGAAGAAAAUAUUCAUGUAACUCUUGGAGUUGGACAUAAUAUUAUAGCGGAACAAAAGUUGAAAAAACAUCAAGCAAACACUAAAUUCUAUGCAGUUGAUCCUACAAUCGAUAAAAAUUAUGAUUUAGUCACACAUGUUCUUAAUGGAUCAUUUUUUGCGUUUGCUCUAUCUAAUGAGACAAAACCACAGACUUUUGAUGUUAAAGCAAAAGGAUGUAAGUAGCGAGUAUUAUAUUAUAUAACAAAAUACUGUUUUCUAGCUGGAUAUGUUCGUAGAACGGUGCCAACUUUAGAUGUCGCAUUGUUCUUUGAUAAGUUAUUGAAUAUCAAAAAAAUCGAUACAAUGUUUAUUGAUAUUGAAGGAGGAGAAAAUUACUUUUUCGAAUAUUUCAAAACUAAUGGGAAAUUUGACAAAAUUGGACUAAAUAUUUGUCAAUUCAACAUUGAAUUUCACAACGGACAUAUUGGUUCACACCAAGAUAAAAUUCAUCGAUUUCUGAAACAAACAAUCGAAGAUAAACGAUAUAUUUUUUUGCGACCUGCUCAUCAUACACCAGGAUUUUGGAAAAUAUAUUUUCUAAAUGUUGAUAACAAGGAUUGUAUUAAAAAGUUCAUUGGGUGA